CCACCCGCAGGCCCCCCCAGGAUGGCGGACAAGGUGGUCCCACGGCAGGUGGCCCGGCUGGGCCGCACCGUGCGGCUGCAGUGCCCUGUGGAGGGGGAUCCACCACCAUUGACCAUGUGGACCAAGGACGGCCGCACCAUCCACAGCGGCUGGAGCCGCUUCCGCGUGCUCCCCCAGGGGCUGAAGGUGAAGCAGGUGGAGCGGGAGGAUGCCGGCGUGUACGUGUGCAAGGCCACCAACGGCUUUGGCAGCCUGAGCGUCAACUACACCCUUGUCGUGCUGGAUGACAUUAGCCCAGGGAAGGAGAGCCUGGGCCCCGACAGCUCCUCUGGGGGUCAAGAGGACCCCGCCAGCCAGCAGUGGGCACGACCACGCUUCACACAGCCCUCCAAGAUGAGGCGCCGGGUGAUUGCACGGCCUGUGGGCAGCUCCGUGCGGCUCAAGUGCGUGGCCAGUGGGCACCCUCGGCCCGACAUCACGUGGAUGAAGGACGACCAGGCCUUGACGCGCCCAGAGGCCGCCGAGCCCAGGAAGAAGAAGUGGACGCUGAGCCUGAAGAACCUGCGGCCGGAGGACAGCGGCAAAUACACCUGCCGUGUGUCGAACCGCGCGGGCGCCAUCAACGCCACCUACAAGGUGGAUGUGAUCCAGCGGACCCGCUCCAAGCCCGUGCUCACAGGCACGCACCCCGUGAAUACGACGGUGGACUUCGGGGGGACUACGUCCUUCCAGUGCAAGGUGCGCAGCGACGUGAAGCCGGUGAUCCAGUGGCUGAAGCGUGUGGAGUACGGUGCCGAGGGCCGCCACAACUCCACCAUUGAUGUGGGUGGCCAGAAGUUCGUGGUGCUGCCCACAGGCGACGUGUGGUCGCGGCCCGAUGGCUCCUACCUCAAUAAACUGCUCAUCACCCGCGCCCGCCAGGACGAUGCGGGCAUGUACAUCUGCCUGGGCGCCAACACCAUGGGCUACAGCUUCCGCAGCGCCUUCCUCACUGUGCUGCCAGACCCAAAACCACCAGGGCCACCUGUGGCCUCCUCGUCCUCGGCCACUAGCCUGCCAUGGCCCGUGGUCAUCGGCAUCCCGGCCGGCGCCGUCUUCAUCCUGGGCACCGUGCUCCUGUGGCUUUGCCAGGCCAAGAAGAAGCCAUGCACCCCCACUCCUGCCCCUCCCGUGCCUGGGCACCGCCAGCCAGGGACAGCCCGUGACCGCAGUGGAGACAAGGACCUUCCCACGUUGGCCGCCCUCAGCGCUGGCCCUGGUGUGGGGCUGUGUGAGGAGCAUGGGUCUCCGGCAGCCCCCCAGCACUUGCUGGGCCCAGGCCCAGUUGCUGGCCCCAAGUUGUACCCCAAAGUCUACACAGACAUCCACACACACACACAUACACACUCACACACACACUCACACGUGGAGGGCAAGGUCCACCAGCACAUCCACUAUCAGUGCUAGAUGACACUGCCUCUGCGGUGGGCGCAUGGGGCCAGCCAGACAGGCAGGCUGGGAGGAUGGAGGACAGUGCUGCAGACGAAGGCGGACCCAUGGUGAGGAGGAAUGGCCAGCACCCCGGGCGCUCUGUGUGAGGCAUAGCCCCUGGACACACACACACAGACACACACUGCCUGGAUGCAUGUAUACACACACAUGCGCACACACGCUGCCUGAACACAGGCACACGCAGACAUGCUCCCGGAACGCAUACGCAUGCAUGCACAUGCGCAGGCAUGCUGCCUGGACACACAGAUAUGCUGCUCAAACGCAUGCACAUGCACACAGACAUGCCAGAACAUACAUGGACAUGCUGCCUGAACACAUCACACAC